AUGGUAUUCACAUCAUGCGACUAGCUUGUCGACUCAUUUCAUAAGAGAAGGAUUAUUUCGCAAAGCUUUUUCGAUACUUAAUCGAUUUGCAGAAAAUGAGAUUUUGUUUUCUUCAAAGUAUCUGGGUAAAGCGUAGAAACUUGUUGGAAGAAAAUAAGUUGGUUUUCUCUUUCUUACAUACCUUUCUAUGUCUUCUCAUCGAGACUUGACCAUACAGAAUAGUCUAGUCAUAUUCUGUGACUUACAAGUUGGUUUCCAAAAGAGCAUACUUCAUAUCGAAGAGAUACUUGAUGCUGCAUUAUUUCUUAGAAAGAGUGCUCGUCUUGUAUCCAUUCCUUGUUUAUUUUCUGAACAAUGGCCAGAAAAAUAUAGUCACGUAGUGGACACUUUAGAAGCAAGAGAAGAAGAAAUCUUUUCUAAACGAACUUUUAGCUUAAUGGGGUCCCCAACUGCAAGUGAACUCGUUGUUUCCAAGAAGAGAGAGUGCAUUAUCUUUGCUGGAGUUCAAUCACAUAUCUGUGUUCAACAAAGCGUACUUGACUUGUUGGCAAACGGAUUUUCAGUAUUCUUAGUUACCGACGCAAUGGGUUCUAGAAGAAGUAUUGAGCAUACUAUGGCACUAGAAAGCAUGAAACAAGAAGGUGCAAUAAUUUCAACAACUGAAGCUGUUGUAUUUCAGUGGUUCCGAAGUGUAGACGCUCCUUAUUUUGAAGAGUUUCAACACUUGAAACGACCUCAACAAUAAAAAUAAGUUGAAUGCCACUUGUGUAUCCAAAAUAU